AUGCAUCUCAAGCAAAUCAUCUCCACGGCAGCCCUCCUGCUCCCCACGCUCAGCCACGCCUGGCAAGCCCCCAGCUACAGCGGCUUCCGGCGCCUCUUCGCCGAGGAAUUCCACGGCCCCGCCGGCUCGGGCGUCGACACGGACGUAUGGCACUACAUCACCGACCUCAGCGUCAACAACGAGCUCCAGAAAUACACCAAGUCGAACCGCAACCUGCAGAUCUCCGGCGGCGGCACCGUGCAGAUCGUGCCGCGCCGCGAACCCGACGGCAAGUGGACCUCGGGCCGCAUCGAGUCCCAGUACAGCUUCACCCCCCGCGCCGGCCGCCAGACCGUCGCCGAGGGGUACGUGCGCUUCGGCGACGGCGACCCCUCCCGCAAGCAGGGGCUCUGGCCGGCUUUCUGGCUCCUGGGCGAGGCGGUCCGCCACGGCAUCGACUGGCCCAUGGCCGGCGAGAUCGAUAUCCUCGAGACGGUCAAUGGGAUCCUGUCCGCCCAUGGUACCGUCCACUGCGAUGUCACGGGAGGGGCGUGCAACACGCCUUUCGGCCUGGGCGGGACCGUCGCCCUGGCUGACCAGAGCUGGCACCGCUGGCGCGUCGUUUUUGACCGGACUUCCGAUGACUGGCGCUCCGAGACCAUCACUUGGUUCAAGGACGACCAGCAGUUUCAUCAGAUCAGUGGCGAGCGUGUUGGUAGUGAGAGGGUCUGGGCUACGCUGGGCCGGUCUCCUUACUACUUUAUCAUGAAUGUUGCUGUUGGUGGCGAUUGGCCUGGGUACCCUGCCGAAGACACACUCGACGGCUUCGACAGCAUGAUGGAAGUCGCCUAUGUUGCCGUGUACGAGUCGGAGUAA